GGGCCACAGACGGCUCUGGUUCUCUGGGUCCUGAUGCUGCUGCUGGGGGGCCGAGCGGACGCCUGCCCCGCUUCCUGCAGCUGCCUGGGCAGCACGGUGGACUGCCACGGCCUGGGGAUCCACACCGUACCCAAAAACAUCCCCAGAGGGACUGAAAGGCUAGAUCUGAAUGGGAACAACCUGACCGUCAUCACAAAGCUGGACUUUUCUGGCCUCAAACACCUCCGAGUCCUUCAUCUGAUGGAGAACCAGAUCACUAACAUUGAGAGAGGAGCGUUUGAUGAGCUGAAGGAGCUGGAAAGACUUCGCCUCAACAAAAACCGUCUGAGCCAACUUCCAGAGCUGCUGUUCCAGAAGAACGAAGGACUCUCUCGCCUGGACCUGAGUGAAAAUGGCAUCCAGGCCGUCCCGAGGCGAGCGUUCAGAGGAGCCACAGACCUCAAAAACCUUCAGUUGGAUAAAAACCACAUCAGCUGUAUCGAGGAGGGGGCAUUCAGAGCGCUGCGAUCUCUGGAAGUCCUUACGCUCAACAACAACAACAUCAGCAGCAUCCCCGUCUCCAGCUUCAAUCACAUGCCAAAGCUACGUACCUUUCGCCUCCACUCCAACGCUCUGCGUUGUGACUGCCACCUGGCCUGGUUGUCCCCGUGGCUGCGGCAGCGGCCAUCUUUGGGCCUCUACACUCAGUGCAGCUCUCCUCCGGCCCUGAGGGGCCUCAACCUCGCCGAGCUGCGGAAAAGUGACUUCGCCUGCUCAGGCCACAGCGGCAGCGCCUUCGUCCAGCCGUGCAGUCUGGCGUCCGGAUCCUGUCCUCCGAUGUGCUCCUGCAGCAACAACAUCGUGGACUGUCGAGGGAGGGGCCUCACCGCCAUCCCGGCCCACCUCCCUGAAGCCAUGACGGAGAUUCGCCUGGAGCAGAACGGCAUCAAGUCGGUUCCUCCGGGAGCUUUCUCCUCCUACAAGAAGCUCCGACGGAUAGACCUGAGCAACAACCAGAUUUCUGAGAUCGCCCCCGACGCCUUCCACGGCCUGCGAGCCCUCAACUCGCUGGUUCUGUAUGGGAACAAGAUCACAGAGCUGCCCGCUGGUGUGUUUGAUGGCCUGUCCUCUCUGGAGCUGCUGCUGCUGAAUGCGAAUAAGAUCCACUGCAUCCGAGCCACGGUGUUCAAAGACUUGGAGAACUUGGCUCUGCUCUCGCUGUACGACAACAAGAUCCAGAGUUUGGCCAAAGGGACCUUCGGCUCCCUGCACAGCAUCCAGACCCUCCACCUGGCCCAGAACCCCUUUGUGUGCGACUGUAACGUGAAGUGGCUGGCCGACUUCCUGCGUUCCAACCCCAUCGAGACCAGCGGGGCGCGCUGUGCCAGUCCGCGGCGCCUCGCCAACAAACGCAUCGCGCAGAUCAAAAGCAGCAAGUUCCGAUGCUCCGCCAAGGAGCAGUACCACAUCCCAGGCACCGAGGACAGACGGCUGAGCUACGAGUGCAACAGUAAGCCUGUGUGUCCCGCCAAAUGCCGCUGCGAGGCCAAUGUGGUCGACUGCUCCAACCUGCGCCUCACCAAGUUCCCCGAACACCUGCCGCCCUCCACCGAGGAGCUGCGUCUCAACAACAACGACCUCUCCGUGCUGGAGGCCACCGGAGCCUUCAAGGGUCUGUCGCAGCUCAAGAAAAUAAACUUGAGCAACAACAAGAUCUGUGAGAUCGAGGACGGUGCGUUCGAGGGCGCCUCGUCCGCGGUGGAGCUUCACCUGACGGCCAAUCACCUGGAGUCUGUGAGGGGGAGCAUGUUCAGAGGCAUGGAGGGGCUGCGCAUGCUGAUGCUGAGGAACAACAAGAUCAGCUGCAUCCAUAACGGCAGCUUCACCGGACUCGCCAACGUCCGGCUGCUCUCCCUCUACGACAACCAGCUGAGCACCAUCCUGCCUGGAGCCUUCGACACACUGCCCAACCUGUCCACGCUAAACCUCUUGGCCAACCCUUUUAACUGUGACUGCCGCCUGUCCUGGUUCGGGGCCUGGCUCCGGAGCCGGCGCAUCGUGACGGGGAAUCCCCGCUGCCAGGGCCCGGCCUUCCUGAGAGAGAUCCCCCUGCAGGACGUCGCCGUGCCCGACUUCCGCUGCGAGGACGGUUCGGUUCUGGAGGACAGCAGCUGUGCCCCGGGGCCUCAGUGUCCUGCUCAGUGCACCUGUAUGGACACGGUGGUCCGCUGCAGCAACAAGCACCUGCAGGCCCUGCCCAGAGGCCUCCCCCGAAACGUGACCGAACUGUAUCUGGACGGGAACCAGUUCAUCAGCGUUCCCAAGGAGCUGGCCUCCUUCAAGUACCUGCAGCUCGUAGACUUGAGCAACAACAAAAUCAGCUCGCUGUCUGAUGACUCCUUCUCCAACAUGAGCCAGCUCACCACGCUGAUUCUCAGUUAUAACUCUCUCCGCUGCAUCCCUCCUCUGGCUCUGGGCGGCCUGCGCUCGCUCAGACUGCUCUCUCUCCAUGGUAACGACA